UUUGAGCAACCUGGUCUGGGGGGAGGUGUCCCUGCCCAUGGCAGGGGGGUUGGGACUGGAUGAUCUUUAAGGGCCCUUCCAACUCUAACCAUUUUACGAUUCUAUGAUUCUAUGGUGGGUGCUGCAGACGGAAAGCCGCAGCAUAGAGAAGAGAUGGGUGGUUUAUCAAGACCGUAGACAUUUCUAACUGCAACUUCCAAGGUUUCAUUUCCGACUUUGUGCCAAUGCAUCUGUCAGCCAGCCUUGAUACAGCUGGAAUGCGGUGGAUGUGACAGGCAGUGUUCAUCUCAGCACUGGCAGGGCAGGGAACGGAAACUGCCCGUGUGUAGACACUACCUCCACUUCCUGCAGCAACCAUUUUCAUAUUACUCAUAGACUUAAAGGUUGCUGAAACCACAGUGGUAAUUGCUGGUAGCUCAAAUCCAGGUCAUCUAAAAGCUUCCUGAGACACUGUUCGCACUUUUUUUUUCUUACAAUCAUCCACCAGUAAGAUCAAGGCUAGUAAUUGUGGAGCUAUUUCGCAGGAAGAAACAGCUUUACAAGGAGUCGCUUAAGAAGCUCCAGGCUGCUUUGCAGAAGGCAAAAUUAAGACGGAAAUCAACAGAAACAAUCCAAAGGCAGAGUAAGGGAUUUGUGGAAAAUGAGGGCAUCAUGCUCUGGCUUCUUUUGACUUGAUGAGAUCUGCAUGUGAUCGUAGCACUAGCAGAUAAGAAUGGUUUUGAACCUGUGAACACAAGGCCAGAAAAGCAUUCGUAACCCAGCAAGAGCGGUUCCAGGAGCUACUAAUGUAAAAGGAGGAUAAUCCACCUAGAAAUUAAUUUCUGUCAUUAUUCCCAUGGAUGGCCUUUUGCUAAUUUUUCUGAGAGCUUCCUAAGGCAACAACAGGAUCCACUGCCUUUGAUUUACUACAGCUUUACACAGCUUAGCAAAUCACACAAGAGAAAAAGAAGAAAGAAAAAUCGUACAGAAAAUAAUAUAGAGUGGUAGGUUGACCUUGAAUAAUUUCUGUCUAUCCCUCUGGAUGCAUUUAUAUUCCUCCAAACUGAGAUAAGUGUUUAGGACACUAAGCAUUUAAUUGCAUACUAAAGAUAAUGACGUGAUGGUCUAUGUCUCCUGUGCUGAAUCACCACUAGGCACUAUAGGGACACACUAAAGGCGAAGUCAGGAUGUAGUCCUGGCCCAAAGAAAACCUUGAUGAAACCUGCUGGAUUUGACAGCUGCCAGAAAUCAUUAUAACCAUUUCAGAGAAAACAACUUGUAACUUUCUACUGAAUCCUCAAUUUCCAUAAAGAAAUAUUCCUGACUAGCACUUAAAAGAUCACCAAGAACUUGCUAGAAUCCCCAACUUACAUUGUUUGGAAAAGACCUUGCAUAGUAAUUUAAAAGUAAACGACUCUUUGCUGAUACAAAAAGCUCAGGCUUGUCCUUUUUGAAGUGCAACAGAAAUGUUGCAACCUGUAAGGUUUGAAGGGAUCUGAUUCAGUUGUUCCAUGUCACACAAUUCUCUGUUUAAAGAAAGGCAUUAAGUUGUUCAAAUCUAUGAACGGUUGCUCAAGUGGACAGGCACAAAGCAGAACCAAAGAUAAAUACAUGUAUUUAAAUGCCCUUUCCAGCUAUUUAAUGACACGUAUGCACACAAUCUUCCUUUGGUAAAGCAAGAAGAAAUUCCCAGCACUUGGGAAAAAAAAAAAAAAGAUUACACAGCUGAUUUUAAUGUAAAGUAAAUGAAAAAAGUCCCUCAAUCCAGUCCUUGGGGGGCUCAAAUCUAUUCUCUGUGCAGGAGUGUGUGUGGAUUGAAAGACUGCAUUUGAGGACUGUGAUAUUUCACUGGAGAAAAUGCAGUGUUAGAGGAGUCUGUUAGAAAGGUCUGGAGCUUGUCAGAGAAAGAUGGAGGAAAUGAAAAAGAGUUUACUCGUUUGUUGUUCCUUUUCAUCGUCUUGCUGCUGCAUGGCUUCAGCUAAAAGCACGUAUGGCCAUCCCCUGCCCAGAUACCCUGUCAAAAGCCCUUCCUGUUUAUCGCACUCGCUUGAAGCAUUGCCCGUAGCCUGGUUUGACACUAACAGUUGAACAGUCUUCAGUAGGAAGAACUGAUAAAAAGACCUUGAGAUGGAGAAUGAAGAGGGUUACACAUCGCUUCGUUUCAAAACGAGGAAGAGGAGCUCUAACGCAGAACUUUCCUCUAAUUCUUCAGGCUUGCGGUACUUUGCUGCUCUCUCAGGAUUUCUGAACGUUGUAUUUUUGGGAGCUGUGAUCGCAUUAAUUCAGCAAUGUGACCUGCUAUCAAGUAGCAUGUGGAAGCCCAGAGGAAAUCUUUCUGAAAGUGACAGUAUCUUAAAGGAAGAUCUUCGUGAAAAGAGCUUACUGACUACAUUGAAGGAAAGCUUAUGUGUGCAUACAAAUGACCCCAGAUGUGAACUCUGCCCUAUUGGCUGGAAGCUUCAUUAUGGGAGAUGUUAUUUCUACUCAGAAACUCGUGACACCUGGGACAAUAGUAGAAAAUAUUGCUCAGGAAAAAAAUCUGAGCUCCUGGUUAUAGAGGAUGAGACUGAAAUGGAUUUCUUAAACAAGCAGAAGGAUAAAAACAUUGGCUUUGUUUGGACUGGAUUAAGCUUUGAUGAGGAGGAAAGAAGAUGGGUAUGGCUCAGUGAUCCCAAACAUCCAGGGCACAGUUUUACCGUAAAAGGAAGGAAGAAAGAAGAAAAAUGUGCCGUCUAUAAGCUGACAGAAAUGCAUGCUGAGAACUGCCACUCCCUGUACAAGUGGAUUUGCAAGAAGAGUGCAGUCCUUCUGGGUUACAUGGUGAUAAUUGGUGCUAUGCACUUAAACAGGCCUGUAAACCCCACCACUGGAGGUCCAAUAUGGGAAGACAGCACAGCUCUACGCAAGAGAAAAUCAAGAUCCUGUAUUUUUUAAAAAAGCUUAAUUUCAUG